AAAAAAAAAAAAACAAUUCAUACUAAACUAAAGCGUAUAUUUAUUACCAUUCACCCAGUAAGAGCUAUACAAUACAUCUAGAAGUUAGAAAAAAAGGUUCAGGAUAUUAUCUUCUAGAUAUAAAAAAAAAGAAAACAAAAAAAAGAAUAUUGAACGUCACUGUAAAGUUAGCACGUUUUUUUUCGUACAAGGCAUAUGUAGAUGUAAACACAUAGGGUAAUCUAAAAGUUAAACUUAUGUCUAUAUAUAAAUGCUCAAGCCUGAAAUAUUUGUUUGGCUAAAUGCUGAGGAGGCUAACAAGAUGAACACAGCAAUGGUUGAGGAGCAAAUGAACAGCUUGAACGCCUUCUUAUAUACACUUACAAGCACUAUGAACACAGUGGAAGACAAGGAAGAAAACAUUUCUGCAAGCACUACUUGAUUCAGGGAGAUAUCGGCUUUAGUCCAGCCAGAUGGAGUAAGGCGUCAGCACCUUCUUUAACGCGUUCUUCAUCAUCAGUUUCCAUUGUACAUGAAGAAGAAGUACUCGUACGACGUCCGAAAUCGUACUGAUCGUCGAUUGACGUAGCCGGUGACAUAGUAUGCUGAGUCGCAUAAGAGUGAUCUUCGCUCGGGAUUUCAGUUAUAACAACGUCUUUCAGACGGCGUCUUCUUGUUUGUUUUCGUUCACGUUCUGAACCAAAUUCUGGUGGCGAGGGUGAACGGGAGCGAAAGUUCGAUUUGAGCGAUAAUAACGUAUUUGCGACGUCUAUGUCAAUCGGUUCGUUCUUCAACUGAUUAUGCAGGUUGAAGGACGAUGGAGAGACCAUCUGCAGCUGAUGAUAGGGAUGGUAGGGCGUUUUUCGCAGCGCUUGCAAAAGAUUCGCUCGAUAUUCGGGAUCAAUGCACCACAAGGAGCCCUUACCGACUGAACCUCCUCUAACCCUAUCUACUUUUCGAAAGCACUUGUUCAAGGACAAAUUGUGUCGAACGGAAUUCUUCCAACCGAUCGGGGCGUGAGCAAAAUAAGGGAAGUUCGUUACUAUCCAAUUGUAGAUGUCCUUGACAGGUAAUCUCUUUUGCGGAUGAUCCUCUAUUGCCAUGAAAAUGAGGCAGCUGAAAGAAUACGGCGGUUUCGUAUUGAUGUGCUUCUUAGGAUUGUAAGGAAUGCCUUGCGCCAAGGGACGACCACUGGGUUCUUUGCGGUUCGUAUCAGCAGCUACUUGGGGACUCAUAAGUAGUGUUUGACCGGCAGGAGUCUUUUGCAGUAAAUCAGAAUCCUGUAGCCAGGAGAGUGAGGUUAAUUCCUCGUCAACGCCUUCGUCUUCUUCCUCUUCUUCUUCUUCCUCGUCUUCCUCGUCGACAUCCUCAACCAUUUUGAGCUGCGCGAAACAUGAUUUUGAUAAUGGUCCAUCAGCCAAAGAAGAACUUUCUGAUGUUGUGUCGUCGAGUAAGUCCGUAACAUCACCUUUCAUUGCUCUUGUCAAGGCUGAACCAGGAAAGGAGUUUGAGAGAGAUGCAACUAGUCGACGUCUCAUUGCUGCAUCACUUUCUGCCUCCGGUUUAUCGGGCGUUUCAUGGCCUUCGGCCGCAUCUUCUUGUUUACAGUCCGGGCCAGUUGGUUUCGUCAUCGCUCUGCAAAAGCAGCAUUUUUAAGCAAACGUUAACAAAGACGACCUCCUCAUUGCCUAGGCAACGGCGCCAAACGGCACCAGGGCGCGGUUGGUUUCUACGGCAACAGAAGAAAACUAUCGAUUGCGCCACCACGUGAUGGGGGAGUAACUAUAGAAACAAGCGUCAUUCUUCAAUUGCCAAAAUUUUCGUGUUGUGCUACUGGGCGGCUAUUGCCUAUAUAUUAAUACAAAGUACUCAGGGCAAGCGACAGACUUUUACAUAAUAAUACGCGUUUCCACUUUUUAUUGGCAAAACGCAGUUCGACACAGAUGUUUUAUAACCGGCGUAUACACCGACGAUCGCGUCAGAGAAUAGUUAGAUGAAAAACAACGCCAAAGACUUUCGAUUAUCGUCUCGCUUUUCGACAAUACAACCCGUCUGAAAGAUAUCUCUUGGACGCAUUUGUCCGUUUAAGUUUUAUCGCCGCGUUGUUAAAACAACUGGCGCCGCGUAGAAAACCGCAUGCAUGGUAUACACUCGACUAAUUCCAGCAAUUUAUCGCGAGAUAAAAGGUUCGGAUGAAGUUUUGUUGGCCUACUAGAUGAAUACCAGCCAUUUUGAUUUCGUUUUUAACAAUAUUUCACAAUAACGAAUCUUCCACGACUUAGUUAUCGAGGCCUAUUGAUGACUUAGGUCCAAAAUUCGCGCGACGUCCAUUCCACAAGCUCCAAUCCACUGUUUAAUGUCAUAUCUAAGUAAAAUAGUUUUGAAAACUUACUUUAAACCCCUUCUAAACUUCAAUUAAUCGAAAAAUUGCGAUUCACGCGCCAUCAUCAUCAACAGCACUUGUCACGUGAUGAAGCUAAAAGCAAUGAGUUUUUCUCCUAGAGAGUCAGCUUAAAAAAGUUUCAGUACUUUAGGUACUCGUUCAAGGAUUAUAUUAAAAUCAGUAUAUUCUUUGUUCAAUUUGGCAUUUUUUAUUACUUUUUAAGUAAUUAUUGCAUGUAAACACUGUUAAUAAAGUACUAAAUUGCAAGAAUUACUAUAAUAAUCACAUGAAGUCUCCUUUACUAAAAGCUAUUAUCUUUAUUUAUAUAGCUUCCGUCAUUUUUUGAUAACCUAAGUUAUUAAACUAUAAAAUACUUACAAUAUUUGCUAUAAUACGGCUCACUGCAAUCAUCAACAACUAGCAAAAGUAGAAUUAUAGGCACAUUUUGAUUUAAUAAUUAACCCUGGGAACUAAUAAAUAAUAUAUAUCACAUGUUUUAACCUAACAACUAUUUUCAUACUUUACUUGAUUGAAUUUGUCAUUAAAUUAUACUUUUUUAAGCUGAGAAGAAAUGUAUAACAUAAAUAUUGAAUAAAAAGAAAAGAUUUAUUUACUUUGGCAAGCCCAUUCUCUAAGCGUCCAUUUUCUUUGCGAUUUAAUGGCGGAAUCGGUCCUUUUAAUUGGUGUUGUUACUCUUUUUAUAAAAUGGUUAAUAUUGAUCUUCCUAUCUCGUAAUUAAAUGUUAUAAAAUUUUUAAAAUAAUUUUAUACAUGUAGUUGUUACAAUUAGUCGGGUUUAUGCAAAAGAAAUAUAUAUUUAAUAACUUAUUUAACUAGGGAGUAAUUUGUACUGGCAAUCGAUUUCCAAUAGAUGGCGUUUUCCCAUGAAAAAAAAAAGUUCAAAAUUUUCGCCCUCUAGUGAACCUUUACGAGUAUAUCGUUUUUUUUGACUAUUAAGAAAGGACAAUAAGGAGUCAGACUAUAGUUCUUUAGAGGAAACAAGCUAGAACUUUGUUUUCAUAACAAAAGAUAAAAAGAUAUUGUGAAAUUCAAGUCUCUAAUGAGAAUAAAGAGUAUUGAAUCUAUUGAGGAAAGCGAACCCACUGAGAAACGUAUUAUGAACAGAAAAAUGUCAGUUGAAUACCAAAAGUAAAUAGUAAUGCUUCCAGAUUAUAUCGAUAAGGUGCAAAAGUUUAUAAACGAUGGUUACUUCGAUCCCGAUAGUGAUGGAGUUUAUGCUUGGCAGGUGAUAGAAGUGCCAAACCUUUCAAUAUUAUUUAUUAUAAUAACCCUUUCUUCUUGCGUAGCCGUUAAAUAAAAUUACAAUUCUUAUUUCUAUUAUAAAAUAUAAUAAAAAUCAAAAAGGCUGUUAGAUUAAAGCAAUAUACAAGUAUAAUUUUUUUUCCAGGGUAUCAUAGCCUUUACGGUUCUAUAUAAUAUAUGGAGUAUUAUAUUAAGAAUAGCAUUUUUCGACGAACUUUCAUAUACGUUCUAUCAAAGAUUUGGAUUUUGUUGUCUAGAUUUUAUUACAGACUUUCUACUGAUGUUGGAUGUAUUCUGUAAAUUUCGAUUAGGAUAUUUAGAUGAAGGAAUUUUGGUGCGAGAUAUUAGAAAACUUAGAGAAAAUUACAAGGGUAAGCGGAAAGAAUUCCUUUCAGAUGUCAUUGCUGCCUUACCAACCGAUAAGAUAGUGAUAAUUUUAUCUAGUCUUACAAGUCUAUUGAACCGGAUAUUCCCUUUUAUGCCAGUUCUGUUUCUUGAAGAUAGAAUCAGCGUUGCAUUAAGGUUACCGAAACUUUUUAAAUGGAGAUCGGCCGUGGACUUUUUUAACAAUUCCGACAUGCGAACAAAUAGUCCAAAUAUCGUGCGAGCGUGUAAACUACUAUUGGUACUAGCAACAAUAAUUCAUUGGAUUGCAUGUUUCUAUUUUCUUAUAUCAAAGUAUGAAGGUCUGGGAAUAAAUGACUGGGUAUUAGAGGAUUACUUAAGUGAAAGUAACUUUUUUAGAAGCUAUUUAAGAUCACUGUAUUGGUCGACAAUGACACUGACAACCAUUGGUAACACGUCCAAUCCAAAAACUGAUUUAGAAUACGUUUUUACUGGCUUAACUUUUUUAAUUGGGGUCUUCCUCUUUGCCGCCGUUGUUGGUAAUGUCGGCGAUGUUAUAAGCAACAUGCACGCAGCUCGAGUGCAAUUUCAACUUAAGAUGGAUGCUCUUAAAUUUUAUAUGGCUGCUCGAAGGGUACCUAGCGACCUACAAAAAAGAGUUAAAAAGUGGGCGGAUUACGCAUGGCAAAAUACGCACGUGUUAGAAGAUCAAGAGUUAUUAGAUAUGCUUCCCUAUAGAUUACGAUCAGAUAUAGCUCAGCAUGUUCAUUUGGAAACGCUAAGGAAGAUAAGGGUUUUUGAAGAAUGCGAAUCGGGCUUUCUAUGCGAAUUAGUUACGAAAUUAAAAUCGCAUGUCUACUCGCCAGCCGAUUACGUGUGUAGAGCAGGUGAAAUUGGUCGCGAAAUGUAUAUAAUUAAUAAUGGAAAAGUAGAGGUUUUGAUACGGGAUCAUACUACCGAAGAUCAAACGGUUGUCGCCACUUUAUCCGAAGGGAAUUAUUUUGGGGAAAUUAGCGUUCUUCGGCUGGAUUCAGGUAUAAAUAGACGGAACGCUGAUGUUCGAUCAGUGGGAUUUUCUGAAUUACUUGUCCUAUCAAAAAAAGAUUUAACUCAAGUCCUAUACGAGUAUCCGGAGGCGAGGGUUGUUAUAGAAAACUAUGCGAGAGAGAGGUACAUAUUGAGCAAUAAUUUUUAAACUUUAUCAUGAUAUUCACUUGAAACUGAAACAAGAUUUCGUCACGUUGCAGAAUCGUGCAGACAAGGGAAGUGAAAAAGCGAAAAGAUAGCCAAGAAAUUGGAUUAGCUGUCCCUGAAGAUUCAUUAAUUAACGAGAGAACUGCGAAAGAGAUGUCUGAACUUCAACAUGUUCUAAGGGAAUUAAGGUCAUUCGAUAGCGUCUCUUGUCGGCUACGCAUUGAAGAGUUGGAGGAAAAAUGCGCUAGAUUGGAAAAAAAUUCAAAGAAACAAAGAAAGCUAUUAAAAGAUCACGGACUCUCAGAUUUAUUAGAUAUUAGUUGUAAUAAUUGUAUUCAUAAUAGUCAUAAAAAUUCUAACUCAAGAUACUGUUCAUUUUCAUCUGACGAGAAAAAAUCUUCAAAUUAUAAAAUGAGAAAGAGAUCAUUUAUAAAGACAUAUCAUUUGCCUGCAAUAGAACUUAACGGGGUUGUUCAAGAACCGGCUAGAUGUUUAACAAUAAAAUUUCAGCAUGGAACAGAUCCUAUCAUUUUGAAUGAUAAGAGACUAUUUCCUGUUUACAAUUCAGGUGUUGAUGCAACUGAUACGAGUAACGAAAGUGACUCCUCGCAAUAGAUGGCGCUUAGAAGCCUUACAAUGACUGCAUCAAAGGCAUAUAUGUUAAUAGCUUCAAUAAUAAAAUUAGUGUGGUAUUUGUUCGACGAGAUAUGAUAUACAUGUAUCACGUAUCACUUGACAAAAUGAAAAAAAAAUAGUUUUAAAUCAACUUUCUUAGUGUUAAUAUACAAAUCCUUAAAUAAAAGUAUUCUUUACUUCA